CGCACUUCCGGUAUGUGUCCAUAAGGCUACGUCCGGGUGGCUGCUGCAGGUGCCAGCCAGCGAGUUCCAGCCUCUUUGCAGCAAUAGACUUAACAGCGGUGAUGGCGGGUAGACGGUCUGCUUGGAGCCGAGCGGCCCUUCUCCGGCUCCUUCUUGGCGUGAACCUAAUAGUGAUGCCACCUGCCCUGGCCCGGAGUCUGCGCUUCGUUACGUUGCUGUACCGACAUGGAGAUCGUUCACCAGUGAGAACAUAUCCUAAGGAUCCCUAUCAGGAAGAAGACUGGCCCCAGGGGUUUGGUCAGCUAACCAAGGAGGGGAUGCUUCAGCAUUGGGAGCUGGGCCAGGCUCUGCGGCAGCGCUACCAUGGCUUUCUAAACACCUCUUACCACCGGCAAGAGGUUUACGUGCGAAGCACAGACUUUGACCGCACCCUCAUGAGUGCCGAGGCCAACCUGGCUGGACUCUUCCCUCCCAACGGGAUGCAGCGCUUCAACCCAAACAUCUCGUGGCAGCCUAUCCCCGUCCACACUGUGCCUGUCGCUGAGGACAGGCUGCUGAAGUUCCCGCUGGGUCCAUGUCCUCGUUAUGAGCAGCUGCAGAAUGAGACCCGGCAGACACCAGAGUAUCAAAAUGAGAGUACGCAGAAUGCACAAUUUCUGGACAUGGUGGCUAACGAGACAGGGCUUACCGACCUGACACUGGAGACCAUCUGGAAUGUCUAUGACACACUCUUCUGUGAGCAAACACAUGGGCUGGUCCUGCCACCCUGGGCCUCACUCCAAACCAUGCAACGUCUGAGCCAACUAAAGGACUUCAGCUUCCGCUUUCUCUUCGGGAUCUACCAGCAGACGGAGAAGUCCCGGCUUCAGGGGGGAGUCCUGCUGGCUCAGAUACGGGAGAACCUGACCCUGAUGGCAACCACCUCCCAACUCCCCAAGCUGCUGGUUUACUCAACGCAUGACACCACUCUGGUCGCUCUGCAAAUGGCAUUGGAUGUCUACAAUGGGCGGCAAGCCCCCUACGCCUCCUGCCACAUAUUUGAAUUGCACCAGGAAGAUAAUGGGAAUUUCUCAGUGGAGAUGUACUUCCGUAACGAGAGUAAUAAGGCCCCCUGGCCGCUGAUCCUGCCUGGCUGCCCUCACCGCUGCCCGCUGCAGGAGUUCCUUCGCCUCACAGAGCCUGUUGUGCCCAAGGACUGGCAGCAGGAAUGCCAGCUGACAAGCAGUCCUGCAGACACAGAAGUGAUCGUGGCCUUGGCUGUAUGUGGCUCCAUCCUCUUCCUCCUCAUAGUGCUGCUUCUCACUGUCCUCUUCCGGAUGCAGGCCCAGCCUCCUGGCUACCACCACAUCGCAGACGAGGAGGACCAUGCCUGACAACCACUCAGCCCCCUUCCCUCUUCCUCCUAGGGAAGGUGGGCCGGGCCCUUGCUCCUGACUGUUGCUGCUCCCCAGCCCAUGGACAGGAGACUCUGGGUUGGGCCUCCCUCUGAUGACCCCAGCCUAGAUGAACAAGUGGAGCUGGGCUGGGCCCCUGGCACCUAUCACUCAGCAUUCAUGUGCCUGAUAUUUACCAAGUUCUCUGUUGGACAUUGUGGCUUUCUCCAAAUAGGAUUUGCCUCCUUUAUUCUCCCCAGGGGCCUGAGAAGAUGCAGACAAGUAUUCAGGUUCCACUCAGGACUUGGGACAAAAAAAACUGAAGGAGUUGGUACUUGAUCUGCCCUGCCCCUCCAUUAAGCCCUGCGCAUUCUCUGCCAACCCAGAGUCUUUGGCAGAUGGUUCAGAGGGCACAGUCUUAACCUCUCAGUACUUAUUUUAGUGGGAAAAUGACAACAUUGGGGGUGUAAACAUGGCCACUGAGGAACCGGGUCACGCAGCAGUCAGCCAGUCAAGUAUUUCUUUGUCUACCUGAAGCCAUCAUUACAGUCAGACAUAAUGCUUCAGGCAUCUCUGUCACCCCUUCAGCUUAAGCAGGUGUGAAGGCUGUUUGCACUUGGUGGGGGUGGGGGGAGGAGUUGGCAUACAGAUUCCUGAAGCUGCCAUCUCUCUAAGCCGGACUGGGGUCUCUAGGGACCUGAGGUAAGUAUAGAUUAUGAGCCUGACAGCUCCAGACUAUGGUCCAGAAUAGGCUGAAGCAGCUUCCAGAGAAUGAAAGUUUUGGACACUUAGUGCU